GAUUUUACCAUUGAGCGUGAUCGUGACAUCAUCAACCCGCGUCAAGGUUUUCUUGCUAUCAUCCUACUUGUCAUCUUGAAUAUUUGCCUGGAAAAAACAAAUGUCAGCAGGGCCUCCAGCAGUGAAUGAGGUCUAGAGUUGUUUUGGAGCAGACCUCCGUCUGGAGCCAAGAUGGGCCAGCAGUUUUCUGGCCAGGCAGUGACCAGACUGCCUGAGAAACUAAUCAAACAUGUGGGGCUAGUGCGUGACAGUGGCUACCUCACCUAUGAUGAGUUCUUGGGUCGUGUGGCAGAGCUCAAUGAUGUAACUGCUAAACUAGCCUCUGGCCAAAAGAAGCAUCUUUUGUUUGAAGUACAGCCGGGAUCUGAUGCAACAGCGUUAUGGAAGGUUGUUGUAAGAAUAGUGUGCACCAAGAUUAACAAGGAGGAUGGAAUGGUGGAGGCCUCCCGCAUUAUGAAUCUGUACCAGUUUAUCCAGCUCUACAAAGACAUCACAAGUCAGGCAGCUGAAGUAUUGAGUUCAGAGGCGGGAGCAGAGGGAACCUCUGGACCGCUGUCAUCAGAAGCUACCUGCCAGGCCAGCAUGUGGAUGGGCAGGGUGAAACAGUUGACGGAUGAAGAAGAAUGCUGUAUCUGUAUGGAUGGGAAAGCAGACCUUAUUUUGCCCUGUGCACACAGCUUUUGUCAGAAGUGUAUUGACAAGUGGAGCGGUCAGAGCAGAAACUGCCCAGUCUGUCGGAUUCAGGUGACUGCCGCUAAUGAAUCAUGGGUCAUGUCAGAUGCUCCUACGGAGGAAGACAUAGCUGGGUACAUUCUCAAUCUAGCGGAUGAAGCCGGGCACCCACACAGACCUUAAAAUGAAGCACUGUGCCACUGUCAUACUCACUGUCUCCCCAUAACCUUCUUUAAACAGUUAUUUCAUAGGGUGACUAUAAUGGGUAUUUGUUGCACUUUGUAGUGCCACUCACUGGAGGCAAUAACUGCUGAUUAUUUUGACUUUUAAAAACUAUUUUUAGGUUAGCAUCAUAACACCUGAACAAUUCAUAGAUGUGACUGUGAACUGUAUGUAGGUAAGUGCUAGACAACAUGUAGCUAUAGAACUCCAUUGCCUCAUUGCACUUGCUGUUUUAUCUUGUUUGUGAAGUAAUUGCACUUAAUUGCAUCCGUAAAGGCCUUGUAAUAUUUGAAUAAGCAUCACAGUAUCAGCAUGUGCAACAGUUUAAUGGUAAUGAAGCUAUAAUUCAGUCACACAUGAUUCAGUAACAGUUGAUGUGCAUUUUAAGGUUUAACGGAAUAACUGUAGUGAUCUGUUUGACAUGAAAUCUUUAUCUGUGUGUAAGCUGGACCAAAUGUUAAUUAUAGGGCAUGUCUCGUAUAACAUUCAUUAUGAAACAUAAUUGGGAAGGAUUAACAUUUGAGAAUGAACCAAUUUGCGUGUUUUCUUCUGCAGCUUAAUGAGUUGCAAGUGAAACAUUUAUUUUAUAGGCCAUCACUGAGACUUUCAGUGGCGGUUAAGUCAGUUUUUCAUAUUUUUUGGUGGUUUGAAAUCCUAGACUUUUCAUUCUGCACUUUCGUGUGUGAGAGAAACUGUGAAUUUGUCAGAUUAGGGAAUUCACUUGUAUUAUAAAACAUGUAUAGAUCAAUCUUUAUAUAUAUAUAUAUAAAUCUAAAUUUGUGUGGCAGUUUGUGAAGAUUUAAUCCAGUUAAGAUCUAAUAAUCUAGUUUUAAAAAAGUUAAUUUCUGCAAUAUUCUCACUGAUUUAUAGAGAUUUGGAUUGGGUGUUAGUAGUUUUUUUCAGAGGAAAUGACACUUGUUGCUGCUUUCUUUUGUGAUAGUGUUCUUUUGAAGGAGAGUUCUUUUAAAUAUGGACUGAACUGGGAUGUUCAGUGUUCCCUUUCUGUGUGUAAAUCUUGAAUAAUAAAGUAAAUAGAAUAUUUUUUUGAA